GAGCUGUGCGCCAGAAGUGGGGAAGAACGGACAAACAUCAGAUUGGCAAGCCAACUCCUGCUCUGCCCUGAUGAAUAUCUUCUGGGUUCUCUGUGUUCUGCUUGCAAAUCACUGGAGUUUGGGUGAUGACAAAGAUUCAGAGCUUUGCACUUCUACAGGUGAACUUCCUGCUCCUGAUUUAUUCUUGAACGCAACUUUGGUUCCUGAAGGGGAAAUUAUUGCAGUACUCUGUACGGCUCCAUCAGAGGUCAUGGUGACCAGAUUUUUUUUCUGUAAAGAUGGGGCUCCUAUUUCAUUCAAGAAAGCAACAUCUCAAAAUGUUCGAAUAAUCGUAAAUGCAUUGCCGAAGAAUACUGGCCAAUAUUCCUGUGGUUACCAGCAGAAGGAUGCAAAGAACCAAGAGAAGACUUCUGCCCUCAGUGUUGCUCAGGAUCUGAUUCUCCAGUCAGGGUCAAAUCAGAAAAUUAUAUAUGGAGUUGUGGGUGUUACCAUUCUGGUGUUGGUACUUUUGAUCUACCUUUUGGUCAAGAAAGUGCUGUGUCGUCAGCUAUCUUCAAGGCAGGACAGAGUCAACACUGAGCACAUUCCUUUUGAUUAUGUGGAAGAAACUGCAGUCAAGGACAAUAGCAGAAACCUGGCCUCUGAAGAAGUUCAGUAUGCCACACUUACUGGACUCCAUCAAACAGUGCGAUCACCACCCCGAAAUACAGAAACAACAACCUAUGCAUCUGUUACUCCAUUGUACAUGCAACCUGCCUGUGAGACCUCCAACAUUUCACAUGCCGAUGCAGCAUCCUCACAAUGCAUGACAAUUUAUGGGAAUUGAUAAUAUGGAAGAAGUUUGAAAGUGCUAGAACUGGAGGAAUUUGGAAGCUUUACAGCCCCCAGAAGAUCUGAGAAGACUUUCAUCCAAUUUUCUGUUUAUUAUUUUAUUUACUCUUUCCUGCCUCUAACCAUGAAGGAUCCUUUAUUUGUUUUCCUGCUGUUAUAUGCACUUACCGGUAACCUUCAAAUUCUACCAUAUCCUCAUGGUUGUGUCUGAUUGCAAUUUCAUUGGUAAUGUCAAAUGUUAAAUGAUGUAACCACAGGUCGAUGGAAUGACAAAAGUGAUGUUCAUUCUGUUGUGUUAAUAAUGGUACACUUGUUUGUUCAACACAAUAGAAAUACCUGGGAAUUCUGCUUGCUGACAUCCUAGGCCUAUAAAUAUGGAUAUCAUAGAAAGCAUAGAAAUCAUGGCAAAUGUAAUUUGCCUAUUGGUUUGUUAGAUACGAAGAUGAAGUAAUCAAUCUCUCCUUCACACAUGAGAAUGUUGGAGAUUAUCCUAUAUUCUAAAUUAGCAGUGCGGUCAAAGCCCAGCAUCUGUCCGGAUAAGAGAGUUUAGACAGCCUUCUCAGCAGUUGCGCCUGCCCUGUGCAACACCCUCCAAUCAGAUGUCAAGGAAAUAAACAACUAUCUGACUUUUAGAAGACAUUUGAAGGUAGCCCUGUAUAGGGAA